UUCCUUGUCUACCUAGACACCACUUUCCUUACCGGAUAUCAGCAUUCGCCCUGGUUGGCUCGGUCUCUCCCUGCGCUCAAGAAGCUGCACUCUUUCAAGCUACAAUACCCUAGAACUUUGAAAUAUCAGCAAUCAUCCAAACAUAUCUAUCAACAUGUCCUCCACCAUGAAGAUCAGCCUUUUGGCUCUCAUCUCUACCGCUGCCGCCGUUCCUCAAUACGGACACGCCGGACACAGCAAGUUCCACAGCAGCCACAAGGCUUCCCAAGCCUACGGAACUGGAAGUGGACGACCUGCCUACCCUACUGGCGGUUGGUCUGGCGGUUACAACGGCACUAGUGUUCCUCAGGCAACUGGAACCGGCGCCUACCCCGAUGACAAGACCACCACCGUCGGCCAGACUCUCACCUCUACUCAAGUCGUUGUCUCAACCAUCUACGGCACGGCCUCUUCUGAUGUACCUGUAGCUGCCGAGGAGGUUUCCACUGGUGCUUCUCAGUGUGGCCUCACUGUUACUGUUACUUCGGCCGAGAAGGUCACUGUCACAGUCACCAAGGGCUCCGGUGCUUCAUCUACGGCUGCUUCAGCUGGCGUAUCCUCUGUCGCUUCUGUUGAGUCCGACUACGGCUACGAGACUUCCGCUGCCAGCUACGAGGUUCCCGCCUCUAGCUACGAGGCUUCCGCUUCCAGCUAUGUAGUCGUCACACCGACCCCCGUUGCCGCGUCUUCCAAGGUUGUCGAGGCCACUUCAUCGCAGGUUGCAGACGUCACUUCGUCUAAGGCUGCGGACGUCACUUCGUCCAAGGCCGACGGGUACGCCGUCCCCACCUCGGUUGAUGUGUCCAUGUCCUUCGCGCAGAAGCCCGUUGCGGCAAAGUCCUCAGCCGCCGCCUCCUCUGCCGUUGUCUCCUCCGCCAAGGCAUCUGCCACCGGUAGCUCCCCUACUUACAGCGGAUCCAAGCGCGGUCUCGCCUACAAUGACGCCUCCCUCUGCAAGGCUCUCAGCGGGUCUUACGGCUAUGCCUACAACUGGGGACAGACCGAGAGCGCCAGCAUCGGCGCUCCCUUCGUCCCCAUGAUGCACAAGCCCUCCGACUCCACCGCCGAAGCAUGGCUCGCCAACGUCGACACAGCCGUCAAAGCCGGCACCAAGGCCGUCAUGGGUUUCAACGAGCCCGACGUAGCUGCCCAAGCCAACAUGACCCCCGAAGCCGCCUGCACCUCAUGGAUGGAAUACAUGAACCCCAUCGCCUCCUCCCACUCAGACGUCACCAUCCUCGGCCCCUCAGUGUCAAACGGUGUAGGCACAGAUGCAGCGCCCAUGGGCCUAAAUUGGCUCACAGACUUCCACACCGCCUGCCCCGACGCCAUCGUGCACGCCACAAACAUCCACUUCUACGACAUCCCCUCAGACGAGACAAUCACCCGCUUCAAGACCCAGAUCGAAAAGGCCGCCGCCCUCUACAGCAAGCCCGUCUGGGUCACCGAGUUCGGCCUCAACACCGGCUCCGCCACCGACGCGCAGGCUGCCAGCUUCCUCAAGCAGGCUAUGGAGUACAUGGAUGGGUCUGAUUUGGUUGAGGGCUACUCGUACUUCAUGGUCGCGGAUGGCGCGGAUAUGCUCAAUGCUGAUACGCUUGUUGGGCAGGCGUAUGCGGCUUCGACUUACUAGGUUGGAGGGUUUGUCGGGUUGAGUGCGAUUUGGGCGUUUUAUUGGGAAUGGGCUUUCUUGGCUGGAUAGAUUGGGUUCAGGAUUGGGAUUGGGCUGCAUGGGAUACUCUCGACGCUACUGCAUGUGCUGCGCGAUCAUUGGGUUGUAGCGACUUUCUGUUCGUGUAUUGGGGCUUGGAGGAGAAGAGGUGGUUUGGUGAUGUUGGAAUAGAAGU